AUGACAUGCCGCCAGAUCCGCAACGAAGCACUCGCCAUCUACUGGAGCGAAAACACCUUCUGCGCCAUCGAGCCCCUCUUCUGCCUCCAUCACAUGGCCACCGACAGCGGAUUGUGUUGCCUUUUGCAGCGCCACUUCUACCAGCGCCUACCUAUGCAGCGCCAACCUAUGCAACUCCAACCUAUGCAACUCAUACCUGUGCAACUCCAACCUAUGCAACUUCAAGCUGUGCAGCACCAACCUAUGCAGCAGACCAGACCCACCUCGCCACUCCUCACAUGGCUCCAGAAGAUCGGCUCCACAAAAGCGCAGCUGAUCACCACACUUCAACUGAGCUACCACUUCAACGACCCGACCAAUCCUCACAACUACAGAGUGCUGCUUGAGGACUGCUUCGUUUCAGUCAGCCAGCCGGCACAGUGGCACAUCAAGAACACGGAGAAGGCAGGGCUGAAGCUGGGGGCGAUCGAGUUGGUGGCGAGGACUCAUUACUUGUGUCAAGACUCUUAUGGAGGCUGCAAAAAUAGCUCUGAUUGUAUACUGAUUGGAGAUCUGAAAGAGUUCGUCAAGAAGCUUGUGGAGGGGAAGGGAAAGAAGAGGAAGACGGAGCUGGAGAAGCUAUGUGGGAGGUCUCGAUGGGCAUAUCAGGUGCCGAGGACUAUCAAGAUACUUGCUACUGUUGAUAGCGACCGAUAG